GGGUCGCCACGGGUCUGCGUUCUGCCAUCGGCAGGGGCUACCGUGGGGGUUACCGUGGGGGCUACGGCUGGCGACCUUUGUUAUUGACUACGCACUGAAGGCAAGGUGGCAGGCGACAUGGCUGAGCCACACAGAGCUCUUCGUCAUGAGCAUGAUGAGGAUGGGAGCCACACAGAGCAUGCUGUGCCCCGCUUAAUGAUAGUUCCCCACCGACACACCAAGAUUAUCCACCUCAUUCGUCAUGGCCAAGGCUAUCACAAUGUGGCAGGGCAUGCAAAUCCUGAGGCUUACAAGUCCAUAGAUUUCAUGGACGCUCAUUUGACGCCCUAUGGCUGGGCCCAGGCGCGAAAGCUGAACAGUCACAUCAAGCAGCUGGGCAGCCGAUUCCGUGCUGAUGCCAUCAUCGUGUCCCCGCUGAUGAGAACGCUUGAAACAGCUGCGGGAGUGUUCGGCUCGGGGCUCUGGCAAGAGGACGACCUGCCGCCGCCGUUGAUGCUGCGGCAGUCGGAGGUACCUGGCAAGCGGGCGGCACAAGAGGCCAUUAGCGCCGCUGGGUGCCCGCCCCUUAUUGCUUGGGAGGGAUGUAGAGAGCAUCUGGGGCAGCACCCCUGUGAUAAGCGGCGGCCAAUCAGGGAGAUUGCGCCCCGCUUCCCCGCGGUGGAUUUCUCGCUGAUAGGCAGCGAUGAGGAUGUCCUCUGGCAGUCGGCAAACUGGCGAGAGAGCCAUGAGGAGAUCAGGCGACGGGGCGUGAAGUUAAUGCAUUGGCUGCAUCAGCGGCCUGAGUCACAACUUGCUGUCGUCAGCCACAGCUCAUUCCUCUUCUUUAUGAUGAGCGCCUUUGGUCACGCAGCAGCGCCCAGUGUGCAAAGCGAGCUACACAAGUGGUUUGAAACAUGUGAACUGAGGACAGUGGUGCUGGCGGACGAGGGCGGAGCGCACGGGCACGCCGACAUGCUGCACUUUCCCGGAGAGCACAGCGUCAACAUGGAGGAGGAGAGCUGAAGCUGUGACGGUGGCCAAUUUGCCAGCAGAACGGCUGACUCGGGCACUUGCCACAGUGGGAGAGCUCAGAGUUUCAAAGCGGCACCAGGGAUCUUGUCAGUCAAGUCGUCACAUACAAAAGGACAAGACGGAGCAAUGAUAAUUGACAGCAAAAGUCGGUAGUGGGAUUCACUCCUCGCCAAGCUCCUCCUCGCCCUUUUGCAGCUUGGGGUGGGUCUCCACCUGCACACAAGAGGUGGGCUGCCCUAGAAAGGUUACGCGUGAUGCCUUGAUGCAUCAUCGCUGUCGGCGGCAAGCGGUCGGGCACAGAUAGCCAGCAGGACAGAUUGCAAGAACAGUUGCG